AGAAAUUUUAGGCCAUUUUAUUAAAUUAUGCAGAUAAAAAAAAAAUUCAUCAAACUCAUGUCUACAAGAUAAUCUUGGGCGAGGAAAAAUGUUAUCAUGUUCUGGUUCUUUCCUCUGACUGAAGAAGAAGAGCAGCAGCAAAAGCAAAGCGAUGACAACAAAAGCCAGCAUCGACAUGUGGUCUGUGUGAGGUUGAAAUGGUAGCGAUUGAGAGUGAGUGCAUGAACUGGAAGCAAAUUGGGUCCCUCCUGUGAAGUGGUGUCCUUGACAGCGUCCAAGAUUCAUGGACUUUCAGGAGAAGCUCCUCUUCACAGCAUUCCUCAUUCUUGCUGUGGCCACCAAUGGAACCCAGGCAGACGCUAUGGUCACCGGCACUGUGUUCUGUGACCAGUGCAAAGAUGGCCAAAUGUCACUUUUCGAUUUUCCCGUUAAUGGUGCUAAAGUGACCCUGACCUGUGCUGAUAGCAACGGGCAAAUCAAGAUGUCGAGAGAAGAGACAACAAAUUGGUUCGGAAGCUAUGCAAUGAGGCUGGACGGCACGCCGGACUUGAAUGGUUGCUCUGCUCGCGUGUCAGGCAGUGGUCAGGGAUCAAUGGGCUGUGGUGAAGCUGCGGGGCCUCCCCAAAACCUUAGACUCGUGUUUAGGAUGUUUGAUAUGGAGAUGUACACUGUGGAUCCUCUGCUCGCUCAGCCUGCCAAGCCUAUGAACCAAUGCUCAGGAUCUUCCAAUCCUGUGCCUUCACCGCCCACACAACACGAGUCCCCUCCACCUUCCCACCUUCCUCCGUUUGCUGGACUCCCCCCCUUGCCACCUUUGCCUCCUAUGCCACCUCUACCACCAGUCAUCUUUGCAGAUGCUUCAGCUUGUCCUUACCAGAAGUGGACGAUGCCAGAAUACAAGUGUUAUUGGAGGGGGGUGAACCCAGAAACGAAGGUGGCUGUAGCAUUUGGAAUGGCGGCAGCAAGGAGAUAUGGAACUGACAUGACACUGUGGAAUGGUCUGCAUGGGAGAGGAGACCCUUAUAGGACUCUCCUCAGGGAAGGAGUCACUGCCCUUUUGAAUUCCUACAACAGCCUUCAGUUCUCUUACCAUCCACUUGGCGUGGUCCAGCACAUGAAUUGGGCCUUGAUGGGUUCCACCAGGACUGUCCUCCUCACUGCCCUGCGCUUCAUGAGGUCUAAUUCUGGUGCUGGAAAUGUUACCUGCAAGUUCACCUCUUGCGAAUGACUCGUGUCUUCCGCUCCCCACCGCUAUAUGUGAUUUUCCAUUCAUCUUUAUCCUAUAUGCAGAUUCUAUCAUGUGAGGUCUAUACCUACAACGCUGCAUAGUAAGGCAGAUUAUUGUCUCUAUCAUAACAUCUCUGCUGCUCUUUAUGAUAUAUAAUUCAAGUUGAAUCAUCAUUUACUGGGAAUUUUGUGUCUCUCUCUCUGUGUCUCCCUUGGUUGCUGAUAAGGACUUAGACGAUACAAAUAACAGACACAGCUAUCUGGAGUUAUACCAGUUUUUCUGUUUUACUGUCUCAAUAUAAUCUUUUAAUCGUCUUAGCAUGUUUUGGCUAAGAAAAUUCACUGCCACCUUCAUCUC